AUGUUCUCGCGAGCCGUCCGGAUAUCGCGGGUAGCGCCCCUCCGCGCUGCUCCGCGCGCCCAAGCUGUGUCGAUUGUCGCCCGGAGGACGGUCACAACAAAUGCGGCUUCGGCGGAGGUUGAUAAGAGCUCAAUUCCUCAGGCCGAGGAGGAGCCUUUCCACAUCAAGCUCAACGAUGAGAGCUUCGAGACCUACGAGCUCGACCCGCCCCCUUACACGCUCGAGGUGACUAAGAAGCAACUGAAGGACAUGUACCGUGACAUGGUGGUUGUCAGGCAAAUGGAGAUGGCCGCCGACAGGCUAUACAAGGAGAAGAAGAUCCGGGGUUUCUGCCAUCUUUCCACCGGCCAGGAGGCCGUCGCCGUCGGUAUCGAGCAUGCGAUCAACAAGGACGACGAUGUCAUUACCUCGUACCGGUGCCACGGUUUUGCCUACAUGCGCGGCGGUACCGUCCGCUCUAUCAUUGGUGAGCUGCUUGGCCGUCGUGAGGGUAUUGCGUACGGCAAGGGUGGCUCCAUGCACAUGUUCGCCAAGGGCUUCUACGGCGGCAACGGCAUCGUCGGUGCUCAGGUGCCGGUCGGUGCCGGCCUGGCUUUUGCCCAGAAGUACACCGACAGCAAGAAGGCGACCGUCAUUCUUUAUGGUGAUGGUGCCAGCAACCAGGGCCAGGUCUUUGAGGCUUUCAACAUGGCGAAGCUCUGGAAGCUUCCCGCCCUUUUCGGCUGCGAGAACAACAAGUACGGUAUGGGUACGUCUGCGGCGCGCUCAUCGGCCCUGACGGACUACUACAAGCGUGGGCAGUACAUCCCCGGCCUGAAGGUCAACGGCAUGGACAUCCUUGCCGUCAAGGCCGCCGUUCAGUACGGCAAGCAGUGGACUGAGGAGGGCAAUGGGCCGCUGGUACUCGAGUACGUCACCUACCGGUACGGCGGCCACUCCAUGUCCGACCCCGGCACCACCUACCGCACCCGUGAGGAGAUCCAGCGCAUGCGGUCGACCAACGACCCCAUUGCUGGCCUUAAGCAGCACAUUCUCGACUGGGGUGUUGCUCAGGAGGACGAGCUCAAGACCAUCGACAAGGAGGCUCGCAGCCACGUCAACGAGGAGGUCGCCGCUGCUGAGGCCAUGGCCCACCCCGAGCCUACCCCCAAGAUCCUGUUCGAGGACAUCUACGUCCGGGGCACCGAGCCGCAGUUCAUCCGGGGUCGCACGCCGGAUGAGGCCUUCUACUUUAACUAA